AUGUUGUGCAGCCUCGUAGGCGCUGCGCUGCUAUCACUGUGCCUUUCUCCACUAUUCCUGAAGUGCUUGGCUGUUUUCAGGGAUAAAAUUAACCACAACAAAGGAGCAUCGCUUGAAUUUACGCAACGUAUUGAAAAGAAACUAUUCGAAUAUAAUGCGUCGAAGAAUGUGUUCAAGCGCUGGCUCUUCGAGAUGGUCAGUUGGCUGAUCAGUGCAUCCUGCAUGAUUGCCAUCAUCCUUAUAUACCUCCAAAUCAAGGACCGGCCGAUCUCCGAGAGUUCCAUGUUCCUUAUCUGGACCAAUGUUCUAGGCAAAGUCUCGUCUGCAACUCUUAUCAUGCCGGUUACGGAGGCGCUUGGCCAGCUAAAAUGGAAUUGGUUCCAGAAAUCAAACGCCAUGUGGGAUUUUGACAUAUUCGACAAAGCUUGCAAAGGCCCUCUUGGUGCCGUGAUGCUGCUUUUCCGGACAAAAGGUCGAUCCCUGGCGGCCCUCGGCGCUCUCCUGAUACUGUUGUUGCUGGCUAUCGAUUCUUUCUUCCAGCAAGUCGUCGACCUUCCUGAUAUCUGGGCUCUCCAAGAUACUGCAAGCGCACUGCCAAAGAUGACACGUUAUACUGCAAACGUCGACACGAUCUGGAGGGAGGGUGCCAUGGUUGCGAACACAAAUGGAGAUAUGGCUCUUGUAAUCGACAAGUUCUCGUACGGGAAUGGUACUCAACCAGUAAAGUUUGGAAACGGUACGAGACCCGACAUUCCUGUGUCAUGUCCAAGCAGUAAUUGCACCUGGCCAGUCUACGAUACGCUAGGCGUUUGUAGCGAAUGCGCAGACAUUUCAAGCUAUCUCACGUUCGAUUGCCUCACUCAACGUGUGGAUUGGACUUCUGAGCUGAGAGGUGGCUUCAACAACGAGGGUGCAUACCCCAACGCAACUAUGUGUGGAUAUUUUCUCAAUGCCACAGGAGAAAAUCCUAUUCUCAUGUCGGGCUACAUCUACGACCCGGAAACAGCCAUCAAAGGCGAGGCGCUCCUUACGCGCAUUCUUCCUCUCACAACCCUCUUUACUAGAGAACUGCUGUUUGGCGAGGGCUCUAUCCAUUUCAAAAACCAUCGCCAUACCAUUGCCGAUGUAUUGGUCGUUUCUGCUUCUAAUGGCUCGGCAAAGAAGGUACUUGAGGACGCACCACCUAUCGCAAAUGAAUGCGUGUUGUAUUGGUGUGUCCAAACUCUUAUAUCCUCUUACAACUAUGGAUUGUAUCACGAAGAAGUCAUUGAAACUACAUUCAAUGCCACCGCCGGUACAUCACCAUGGCUGGCAAUACCCUACAAAACGGAGUUUGAGAACGGAACAGAUAUCUUCCAUACUGAGGAUGUUAACAUUAGUACCAAUUACACCGAAAAAGAGGACAGCAACUCGAUCUAUGGAGUCUCAAACGACACCGCCGCCGCCAUUAUCCAGGCAUUUGUCGACAUAUUUCCGUCUUUUACUACAGUAGCAAACGAGACUUCCCUCCCAGUAUUGCGGUUCAAAACUUGGUCUGGAGGCCCUGCAUGGACACGAAACCUUGCUUUCAAUCCCUGGCUUUCAUCCAAUAUAUCCAGCCACAUGCAAAGGCUAGCGAGAGCCAUGACCAACGUAAUGCGAUCGGUCUCCACUCACCAGGACGUAGAAGGUCUUGCUUUUUCCAAAGAGAUCUUCGUUUCAGUAAGAUGGGAAUGGCUCGCUUUUCCACUGGUCCUCCUUGUUCUCAGUCUAGUGUUCCUGGUUUCGACGAUGAGAAAAACGUCAAAAGAUACUGAGACAGCCAUAUGGAAAACAUCAACAAUGCCCACUCUUAUCUACAGCUUACCCAAGGAGGUACAAGGCCAGUUGAGCGAACCAUCCGGGUGGAAUAGCACGAACAAGACGAAGAAAUUGCGGAUUCGAUUGCACCCGAAAUCCGGCUGGAGAGUGUCUGGCCAGAGCCAAUUAAACACAUCCCCGCGAUUACCGCCACCAGCCAUUCAAGCGCCUCGUGGAUGGAUAUGA